ACGGGUUACUGAGAAGGCCUCUCAACACAAGGGUUGGAGAAACAGUAAUAAGAUGGCAGCGCAGAAUUCAAGAGCAAAUGACGAAAAAGGAACAGAUAUAAUGAAAGGCGAAGAGAAAAGCUCUCUAAUAAAAGCUGGAAAUGUACCUCCCCCCAUGACGGACAGAGUGCUGAGUGACAUGUCAGUCAGUGGAGUGAGGAAGCUGAGCGUAGUCUCCGAAUACGAGCCAGACAAGUCCGACUCGCACGUGGACUCCCAUAAUUCCCGGGGGCAAAGGAAGUGUGGUGGCUCCAGUUACAGUUUGCCCCUCCGUUCGGACAAGCGCAGCACUAGCUUCUCCUCGGAUGUGCUCUCUCCCUCCCAUCAGCCAGACACUGGAGAUGACUGUGCUGCCAUUCUCCUGACGUGCCUCUACUGCAAGUUCUACGAGUUCCUGUUGCUGUUGCCUGACACCUGUGAGAGAGCUAUGAACCGCUGCUGCCCCUCGUACCAGCAGUUCUCCUCCACGCGCGAGCAGACACAGAGCAACGACCGCAACUGCGACCUGGAGUUUGACUGUGGCCUGUUCGACGCCUGCCACGACACCAGUGAGUGCCUGGAACUGGCCAUGGAGAUCUCCGAGGUGUGUUACCGAUGACUGGUCACCAUGGUGGCGCCAUAACCCCCUCGAGCCAGUACGGGUACCAUAGGGACACUGUAUGUGGUUUUUGACAGCACGCUUGAGAGAGAACACAGCUAGCUCGUGCCCACCUUCUGCAGAAUGGUGUCUCGUGAGGCUGAGAGAGGAAGUGUGACCACAGAGAUGAACAAUUAGAGGUUAUUGUUGAAAACACUCUGAUGAAAGAGCACGUCUGUGCACGAGUGCUGACAAGCAGAACAUGCAGUAUUUCUAUGAAUGUGUUAUUAAGAGUAUUUUACCAGUCAACUGUGCAUUGCUACUGUACACUGUUGUUCUUGCAUCUGCUGUGUUAUCAGUGCUGCCCGUUCAACUGCUUUCUGGGAUAUCUAUCUCUUUCACUCGUAAACUUGGUGUGCUGUGUCCAUACACAUAGCGUUCCGCGUGGUGUGACUGUCACACAAGCGCAUCAAUGCAGAUGAAUGGUAUCCCUCUACCUGAAUGCUUUACUCAAGCAAAGUUCAGAUCAACACUUCACGGAUGCAAGGAAACUUGUUCGACAGUGAAGUCCCCCUUUCUUCCUAUAACAAUUACAGCCCUCCGUGAGUCUUUUUUGUCUUGAGCCUUUAAAGCAUGUAGCGGUGGCUGUCCUCAACAUAUACCAUUUUCAUUCAAAACCAGGUGGAGGUCUGCAUAUGUCACUUCUAAUUCCCUUUUCCAAAUCUGAAUUCCCAUAAAUGAAACUAGUGACAACCAUUCUGUCCUGUAAUUACAGGUCUAAUGAUAUGCUAUAAUGGAUAUAAAUUUCAAUUUCAAAUAGUAGGAAAUAGACCAGUUAGUAUGCAACGAGAAGACUAUGUCUGCAGUGUAAACAAAUGUAUCAAUUUAUGCGAUGAAUUAAUGUAGAACUUUUUUAAAUGAGGCAAAAGCAAAAACAAAAAACUAAAAUUUUCUAAAGUUUGCCGAGAGAGCAAGAGAGGUGGGGCAGUGGUUUCUGCGCUUUGCACAUGGAUAUGAAUUGCACAAGCAUGGCUGAAUAGUCAUGUAAAUAUUUCAGGUUUAAUUCUUUGACAUUAAACCAAGAGAGGCCAAAGAGUGUUUCAAAAUGGGAACUUGCAAUGCUAUAGGUAAGGAAAGAUAUUUUACAUUUAAGUUCUUCAGGGAAGUUACUAUUAUUGUGCUGGUUUAUGCAGUUACUGAUGCUUGCACUGCUGCAUGGCAUGCAGAAAGAUGUUUAAAGCAUUCCUUGUUCAGAACGCAGACCCCAGAGUGCACUUGUAAGAGCAUCAAGAGUUAGUUAUGCACAUAGACCAACUGCAGGACACUGGUCCUUGUAGAACCCAUUGACCUUUGACCUUGUGGGCUACAGUGAAUGUAAAUUGAUUUGGAUAGAUCCAGUCUGACAAGGGUGCUUGUCUCAUGGAAGGUUUCGAACAACAGAGCACACAGAACAUGUCGUAGCUGGAAUGAUGUGCCACUGCCAUGCAGUAAAGAUUUUACUGGACAGCUGGGCCAAGAGAAAGCUCACAGUGCACUGAGAAGGAAUGUUAUUGUAUUGGCUUUGCAAGCCAAAUAUAUAUUUUCUGUUACACGAUAGAAAAACGAACUGUGCUUUCUCUUCAUUCAAAUAAUAGGAAUGCAAUUCUGCAUAUUUCUGACAUACAAAAUGUUGUUCUCUUGUUGUUCUGUUUACCCCCCUCUGGAAUAUUUAAAGUUUUAGAAUUUGUCUGGAAAAUGCAGGCAUAUGAAGUACCCAAUUAACAAAGAAUUUAGUCCCAAGGAUGGCGCACUCCCUGAACAGAAAAACACACUGAAAGUAUGCUCAGAACAGAGUUCAAGGAGAUUUCAGAUCCUGGCUGAUUUUGUGCAGAACGCACAGGCUUACGGGCACUGUCAGCUCUGUUCUUUGUUUUGGCCGCAGUCAGAGGAAACACUGCUUGUGACCAAUUUGCUUAUUACAUGCUGGGCCACAAUUACAAAGCUGACUGCCCUAACUAAUACUUUGUCAUAAAAUGCAUUGGAGGCCCUUUGUGGUCUGUAACAUAAAACGUGUAUGCAUAAACAGAUGCCCAGUUUAAACCAAAAACAUCUGUGCAAUGCAUGUCUUUAAGUUGCUGGAACACUUUCAAAUUACCUGAUCAUUAUGGGAGGAGUGGGGGCUGGAGGACUGGGCCUUUUUUUCUUCUUUUUUUAAUUUAGUCCAAAUGCUGCUUCUUUUUAAGCACAUUGUUGAAAUCAGGUUUGAAAGUUUUGCUGGGGCUUUUUUUUUUUUUGCAAGGUAUUUCAUGUUGCGUGUUUCAGUACCACAGAUCAGCUAUUAGUAUUGACUCUGUUUCUGAUACGUAGAACGCAUCUGAGGAAUAGAACUGUGUCAGAACCCAUGUGAUGCCAGGUUGAGCCAGUCACUCUGAAUAAAUAUCUCUUCCCCAUGCAAGAAUGAUCUUAAUUUAAGAAAGUAAAAAAAAAAAAAAAAUCACACGACAUAAUAAAACUUCACAAGUUUGUAUUACUCUUGAUAAUCAUUUAGCGAUGCGAGACUGAAAGUGAACAUUAACUAAAUCAUCUCAUUUUGUUGCCGCGUGCUCUGUUUACAUGGAUUUCUGCUCUCUAAUCGAGUGUUUUUGGUGUUUAGCUCCCAGUGGCUUCAUUAACAGAUGAGCUCUUCCUCCAAACCACACAGCACUAAUAGUGUCUCCCAUCAGCGGCUCUCUCAUCCAGCCAGGAGUGGCCUCCUGGGGAAAACUGCUCCAUGAAAUAUUAACAUCGUGUGUUCCGAGCAUUUUUUUUUAAACAUCAGUUUUGUCAGCAUCUUAUGUACAGCUCUCCGAGCUUCAAUCCAUCUGGAAACGUGGUCCCGGUGCAUCGCGUUGUUUUCCGUGACUUUGGAAUAAUUUAAGCUCCUUGUAUUUGUAAUGGACUUUCUGUGUACAUAGGCGUUGCAUUUUGCAGCGACUUUGGGUAAGAAACGGAGCGCUAGUCACCUUAUUCAAAGAGCGAAUUGGGGAUUAUAGCGGCCCUUAAGUGGCGAACGUUAAGCAUUAGGAAGAAAAGAAGGAAAGAAUCACUUGCGUCAUUUCUGACACUUUCUCUGAAGCAGGUGUUUUUCAUUGCGCCCUCAAUUCCCUCUCCGUCAGGCAUUCAGGAAAUUUCCCUUUUCCAGAAUGAUGCUGUUAUUACAGAAUGUGUGCUCGUGAUUACAUUCUCUAUAGAAAAGCACACUUCACGGAAAUAAAAAUGAUCUUGGAAAAGGUUGUAUUUUUCAUCGGAUGGUAAAUUCUCUUUUUACAUGAAACACAAGAUUUUAAAAUGUACAGAA